AUGUUGACAUUUCAACUUGAUACAUCAUAUUUUCACUUUUUGUCAUUCGCGUAAUUUGAUAACAAUGAAUAAGUAGAAGAAAAAAAAAGUAAAGAAAAUCAACACCAUCUUUCGCAUGAGCCAACCAAAUAGAAAAACCAGCGAAGUUAAUCAGUCUCGUUUGCUCUUGAAAUGGAUUGUAACACGGAAUCGUAGUAGCGCGAGUGUCUUUUUUUUCACUUUCAUUCCAUUGUGUAAACAGUGAUUUGCGUUGAACCAAUAAACAAUCUGUAAAUGCGUAAAAAAAACGUAACCAAUUCAAUUUAAAAAAAAACGGAGAUUUAAAAGCUGUGAUUAAAAAACCCUAACAUUUAAUUUAAGUACAAUUUUGAUGCGAACGAAACGGAUUGAAUUUUGCAAUGGCUCAAAAGAAUGGAAACACAUACAAUUUCAAAGUAGUGCUGCUGGGCGAAGGGGCGGUUGGAAAGACGUCGCUGGUAUUGCGAUACGUUGAAGACACAUUCAAUCCCAGCCAUAUUACAACGCUGCAGGCGUCAUUUCUCAACAAAAAGAUCAACGUCGAUGGAAAAGCCGUGAGAUUAUCCAUUUGGGAUACAGCGGGACAAGAGAAAUUCCAUGCGCUUGGGCCUAUUUACUAUCGAUCAUCGAAUGGUGCUAUCCUUGUUUACGAUAUAACUGACGAAGACAGUUUUCAAAAAGUGAAAAACUGGGUGAAAGAACUGAAGAAAAUGCUCGGUUCUGAGAUCGUACUGACAAUUGUUGGCAACAAAAUUGACCUUAAUAAAGAUCGCACCGUCCCAUUUGAGACGGCCGAAGGUUAUGCGCAAAGCGUUGGUGCUAUGCAUUUCGAGACUUCAGCCAAAAAUAAUGUUGGCGUGGAAGACUUGUUUUUAGGUUUAACUAAUAUGAUGAUAGAGGCUUACGAUGCAAAACGUAACCAAGAGAAUGCAUUAAAUCGAUCAAAUUCAUUCCGACGACCCAACACCAUCAUUGUUGCAGACGAGGAAGAUGAGCAUGAUGGCGAUGCAAGCAAUCAACAGCGCUCAUUAUCCGCACGAUGCUGUGGCAAUGGCUAACUGGGCCAAUCAUCUCUCUCUCUGUUUCUUUUUUUUUGAUAACCUCAAAUUAAGUUUGAAUUGUUCAUUCUUGUGAAUCAACGAACCAAAAUAGUUCCUCCACUUCUUCAUGAGUGUUUUUCUUACUCCACUCUCUCUCUCUCUCUAUUCAACCUAAUAAUACAUUGUUUCCCCUUCUUGAACUACUAAUUGAGCAUGUCUGUAGAUAAUGUAUUGAAAUUUUUUUAAAUUAUCAACUGGACCUAAACACACAGCUAUUCGACUAAAUUUGAAAUGUAUAGAACAAAAGUGAUAACGUGAUAACAAUUUCUAAUAAUUCUAAUAAAAAUAAACAAAAAAUUUAGUGUUUUUAUAUGCAGUUAACGCAGAAACCGAUUUAUGAUUGAAUGAUUAUUCGGCAGCAAAAAAGCAGCUUCAUUUCCAUACAAUUUCGAAUUUCUACUGAAAUUAAUAUUUUAUAUUGACUUUUUCCUAGACAUUGACAAUAUAUUUAUCUAUCGAUCAAAUUAAAAACUAUUUCUUUCCAAAUUGAUAUAACAAAUAUUUUUUUUUAAUUGAACCGAAUUUUUCUCUCAAAAAUCCGAAGAUUGAGCGAGAUACAACAUGGAAAUAAGUCCAAAUGAUUUUAAUA